UAACAUCUCUUCAACGACUCCCCAGAACAGCAGCUGUUUGUGCACUGCUCUGCUAGGGUUUACUAGGCUGGUCUAAUGGCGGCGGCGGCGCUGCGGACGCGGGCGACUCGCGCCCCCGUCCUCGUCGACUACACCAUCCUCCGAAUCCACCGCCAACUAUCCUCCAACUCUCCACCCCCGGUAACAUCCAACACCCUCAGUGUCGAGCUCCUUCGCCUGCUCUUCGCCGCCCCCGCCUGGACCCCCGACCUCGCCGGCGCUGUCUCAUCAACCCUCUCCUCUGCCCCUGCUCCCGCCCACGAUGUCGUGGUCUACGUACUCCGCUCCCUCAAGAACCCCUCCCUCGCCGCCCCCUUCUUUCUCCUCGCCUCCGCCUCCUCUUCCCAACCCCUGCCGCCGGACGCCUACAACGCCGUCCUCCCGUUCCUCUCCCACGACCUGGCAGCUCUCGAGAAGGUCCUGGAAGAGAUGUCCCACCUUGGUUACGGCCUCCCCAAUCCUGCCUGCGCCGCGCUAGUGGCCACCCUUGUCCGUUCCCGCCGCCUUGAGGACGCCUUCCGCGUCAUUGGCGCCAUGCGGCACCUCAAGUUCCGGCCUCCAUUCUCGGCAUACACGGUGCUGAUUGGCGCACUGGCAGAGGCACGGCAGCCAGAGCGUGCGCUGGAGCUGCUACGGCAGAUGCAGGAUGUUGGCUACGAAGUCAGUGUGCCUCUUUUCACAACGUUGGUGCGGGCACUGGCACGUGAGGGACAAAUGGAGCCAGCAUUGGCGCUGGUGGAUGAGGUGAAGGGGAGCUGCCUUGAGCCAGAUAUUGUGUUGUACAAUGUGUGCAUUGAUUGUUUUGGGAAGGCUGGGAGUGUAGACAUGGCAUGGAAGUUCUUUCAUGAGCUUAAAGCACAUGGUCUACGACCUGAUGAUGUGUCAUACACAAGCAUGGUUUGGGUGCUUUGCAAGGCCGGGAGGCUGGGUGAGGCCGAGGAGCUAUUUGGGCAGAUGGAGGCUGAAAGGGAUGUGCCUUGUGCAUAUGCUUAUAAUACUAUGAUCAUGGGAUAUGGAUCAGCUGAGCGUUUUGAUGAUGCUUACAAGCUGCUUGAGCGUUUGAGGGAGAGGGGUUGUAUUCCAUCUGUCGUGUCAUUUAAUUCAAUCCUCACUUGCCUUGGGAAGAAGAGGAAGGUUGAUGAGGCACUGACCUUGUUUGAUGUCAUGAAGAAGGAUGCCAAGCCAAACAUCUCGACCUAUAAUAUCAUUAUCGAUAUGCUUUGCAUGGCUGGUAGGGUUAAUGAAGCAUAUAAAAUACGGGAUGAGAUGGAGCUUGCUGGUCUGUUUCCAAACUUGUUGUCAGUUAAUAUAAUGGUGGAUAGGCUCUGCAAGGCAAACCAGCUUGAGGAGGCUCAUAGGAUAUUUGAAAGUGCGAGUGAGAGAGGUUGCAAUCCUAAUUCUGUGACGUACUGUUCCCUUAUUGAUGGCCUUGGAAAGAAGGGGAAGAUUGAUGAUGCCUACAGGCUAUUUGAGAAAAUGUUGGAUGCAGGCCAUGACGCUAAUCCGAUUAUCUAUACCUCCUUAAUCAGGAACUUCUUCAUGCAUGGCAGGAAAGAAGAUGGGCACAAAAUCUACAAAGAGAUGAUCCGACGAGGAGGCCGUCCUGAUCUUACCCUACUUAAUACAUAUAUGGAUUGUGUUUUCAAAGCGGGUGAGGUUGAAAAGGGUAGAGCAAUUUUUGAGGACAUGAAGAGUUUUGGUUUUCUUCCUGAUGUCCGCAGUUAUUCCAUUUUGAUUCAUGGUCUCACGAAAGCUGGCCAGGCUAGAGAAACAUCCAAUAUUUUCCAGGCGAUGAGUCAGCAAGGUUUCGCUCUUGAUGCUCGGGCUUACAAUGCUGUUGUCGAUGGGCUGUGCAAAUCCGGGAAGGUGGACAAGGCCUAUGAAGUUCUUGAAGAGAUGAAGGUAAAACAUGUACAUCCUACAGUUGCUACAUAUGGAUCCAUUGUUGAUGGUCUGGCGAAGAUUGAUAGGUUAGAUGAGGCUUACAUGCUUUUUGAAGAAGCAAAAUCAAAAGGAAUAGAAUUGAAUGUUAUUCUGUAUAGUUCUCUCAUAGAUGGCUUUGGGAAGGUUGGUAGGAUAGAUGAAGCUUAUUUAAUAUUAGAAGAGAUGAUGAAGAAGGGUCUCACUCCAAAUGUUUAUACAUGGAAUAGUCUCAUGGAUGCCUUGGUGAAAACUGAAGAAAUUGAUGAGGCCCUGAUCUGUUUUCAGUCAAUGAAGGAAAUGAAAUGUUCACCGAACACUUAUACAUACAGCAUUCUUAUAAACGGCCUCUGUCGGGUACAGAAGUACAAUAAGGCUUUUGUGUUCUGGCAAGAGAUGCAGAAACAGGGUUUGAUCCCUAAUGUUGUCACUUACACAACCAUGAUAUCGGGGCUUGCAAAGGUAGGGAACAUAACAGAUGCUUACAGUCUCUUUGAGAGGUUCAAAACUAAUGGUGGAAUCCCUGACUCAGCAAGUUUUAAUGCUCUUAUUGAGGGUAUGAGUAAUGCAAACAGACCAAUGGAGGCAUAUCAGGUAUUUGAAGAAACUCGUUUAAGGGGAUGUAGACUCAACGUAAAGACAUGCAUCAGUCUUUUAGAUGCUUUGAACAAGACUGAAUGUCUCGAGCAAGCUGCGAUUGUAGGUGCAGUACUCAGUGAGAUUGCCAAGUCUCAGCAUGCUUAUAGAUCCUAGUAAUUCAGGAUCCAUGUAACAUUACACUUGGAUGAUUGCAGAACAUGGAUCUCUGCUAUGCCUGGGUUGAUCCGGCUUGUACAAUUCGUACUUUUUCGGUGCCCUGAGAUGGAAGUUUUGAUGUGAUUGAACAUGUUUUAGGUGCCCAGCAUCCAGUGCAUGGCUGCUUUAUUGCUGUUUGGAAAGACAACAAUCUGAUGAGUUCCCUUGAUUCUGUUAAGGCUCAAAAUCUUGAAACUUCAGGUGGGAUGGACUAUCAUUUCAAUCAUAUCUGGCUCGUUGCUACUUAGUAUCUUCAAGGUUGUGGGCUGGAGGGUUAUUCUCUGGAGAAGAACAAAGAAUUCCUGCUUCAGUAUAUAUUAUAAGUUGAAACCAAACUCCUCUCCAGGAAAUAGAAUUACUGAAGAAGCUUCAGUUUGAUUUUCUAGUGGAAUAGUUCCCUCUUUGCUGGUUACAUUUUCAAACAAUUCCUUGGAGUUCCAGACAAUAUUUCGUCAUCUGGAAUGAUGAAAGUUUGCCAGAUCGUGGUAGGUUGUGCUCCUCAAGACUUCUGUUCAAUUGGUGUUCUUGUUUGAAAAUUCCUGGAUUGUAAACGGGCAUCAAUCAGAUGAUUUGAAGGCUGAGUUGAACUGUUGAAGUACACAUAUUUGUGUUUGGUAGCUUGCUGACAAAUGUUUCUGGCAUCUUAAAUUAUCUUUUUUGCCAUAUUGAGUUGAAAGUAUAGUUGCUGCUUUGUUCGCGUCCACUCCAGAUUUCCCACAAAUUGGUUGUUAGAAUGCAGUCAAUGACAUGUUUGACAGUUAAAUGUGUGCUUUUCUUCCAUAGCAGUUUGAUUUAUUUAUUUUUGCAUCUACUUUCGAAAUUUUUCCAGGUGUUACUAAUUUUCAUGACAAUCUUGUGGUAAAUGGUAAUUAUCAUAAUCAGUUUCUACCUAAAUAAUAUUACUCCCUCUGAUCCAUAAUAAGUGUCUCAGAUUUAGUACAACUUUAGUACACUUUAUGGAUCGGAGGGAGAACCACUUUUUACAAGAUUUCGCUACACUCAUGUGUCCUUUCUUUUCUUGCCUUGUUUUUUAAGUUUGGGCAAUGUCCAAUCAGUUUUCCAUCUUGAAUGAUGAAAGUUAGCCAAAUCAAAUUAAUAUGUGCUCCUCUAUAUAUCCUCCCUGUCUGUGUCUCUGGUAAAGACUUCUUCUUUGCCAGCCAGGCACAAGAGAAGACUUGUAGAGUUGAAGUGCAUUAAUGAUGAUACAAUUGAGAUCGGUAACUUGCUGACUAGAAACUUCCGUUAACAUAUUUUCUUGUCUCCAUGGUUAGUUAUUAGUUCGUACAUGUGGUGUUCGAGUUUUAUUGCGUGAUGCUUGAGCUUCUCCAUCGGCAUGCUUGCUAUUCCUAGGACAGCAGCUCAAGCUCAGUUGUACUCCCUCCGAUCCAUAAUAAGUGUCUCAGAUUUGUCUCAGAUUUAGUACACCUUUGUGCUAAGUUAGUAUAAAAUCUGAGACACUUAUUAUGGAUUGGAGGGAGUGCCUGCAUUUUUGCCACAACAGUUUGAAUUGUUAUUUGCAUAUGCUUUCUGAAAAUUGAAUUAUUUUUGCGUCUGCUUUCUGAAAAUUUCAGGACAUUUCUAUAUUUUCAGUGAUUUUGUGGCAAAUGGUAAUUCUUGUUAUUUGAACAAUGUUUGCUACUCCCUUUGUUCCUAAAUACUUGUCGUGGUUUUAGUACAAAGUUGCACUAAAACCACGACAAGUAUUUAGGAACAGAGAGAGUAUUUUUUAAUUGAGAUAUUGGUAUGCACCUUCUUCCUACUAGCCUUCUUAAUUUAUGCGCACUGUUCUAAUCAUGUAUUUUAACUUGGAUGAUGAAAGUUAGCCAAAUCAUAUUUUGAUGUGCUCCUCUAGAUACCAUUUUUAUCUGUUCCCCUGGUGAAGAUUCUUUUCUUUGCCAGGCACAGGCACAAGAGAAGAUGAGUAGAGUUGAAGCUUUGCAUCAAUGAUGAUAAAAUUGAGAUUGGUAACUUCCUGACCAGAAAUUCCCAAUGUUGUAGACAAAUUGAGUUUUUAUUCAAAAUUCUUCGUCAUCUUGACAAUUAGUUUGCUCUUGUGUUGUGCACAUUUGAUUUGAUUUUAUUUUUGAAAAUGGGCAGCAUUCAUUCAUUAAUUCAAUUGUUCAUUAUACAAUGGUACUGAUCACAUCAGGCGACUCAUUAAACCAACAGUACCGUUCAUCAUAUUAUGCGGACUUCGCCAGAACAUGAGCUGCCUCAUUACAAGAUCGAAAAAACAUGAGUAAAAAUACAGGAUUUAAUCUUUGGAGCCCUACUCUUAAUAUCGAAGACAAUGGCACAUGUAUGAGACUUGUCAUAAGUGGUGUUCUUGACUUUGCUGAUCAAAGAAGAGCAAUCAGAUGACACAAUAGUAACAUUCUGGAACCCAGUUUGUUCAGCAAACAAUAAAGCAUGACGCAUUGCAAUGGCCUCACCCAUUUCUGCUUCUGUUGUGUGUUCAACAAAUCGUCUGCAAGCAGCAAGUACCUGGCCUAGGUGAUUUCGGAUGACCACACCAAUGCCUGCACGCUGAUGCUGGAAGAAAAUAGCUGCAUCGACAUUUAUCAUAACUGACCCUACAGGCGGUGGAGACCACUCGUGACUUGAAUUCUGGUCCUCAGGCCUUGUGGACGUAGUCCACCUGGAGUCAUCCAAUAUUUGAUUGCGUAAUGCUUGAGCUUCUCCAUGGGCAUGCUUGCUGUUCCAGAUGUGUGCUGUUCAGUUCUGACUCUUCAUUCUGAGUUCCGAAGUUAUAUCUAUUAAAUCAAGUGCCUCAUUUCACUAUCCUCGCAUGCCAAACUAUGACUUCGUGCAUACUUUCUGUUGUCUAAGAAAUGUGUUCCUAACAUCUAUCUCAUUUUUACCCUUUCCAGGUGCACGGGGAUGUAGAGGGGCUUGCGGCCUGCUUGAUCCGUCAGCUGUAAAUUUAUUCAUUACAAUGUUUGUUGGGAGAUUUUCUUUGCCCAAUAAAGAAAAAGAAGUGUAUUGUUUUACAAUGGUGUUUCACCGGUUUUAAAAAGAAAUAAAUAGAGUAGGUUAGCAGCUAAGACUGUUUUAAUUGUUCUUUUUUUAUUUGGAGGAAAGCAAAACGCUUUAUUUUUUUCUAAAUCUUUAUGGGUUAACCUUUACCUUAUUUUUUUUGGCAUGAUCCUUUGCCAGUUCAUGAGCAGCACCGUUGGCCUCCCCCGUCUACACGCCUGGACCUCACACCUCGAGAAGUGAAAGUAGAAUGAUAGAAAUGAAUCUCUUGUCAGAGUUGUUCUAUUCCACCCGUGGGAUGCCUUUACACGAGGGGUCCUCAGGAAGUUCCGCAAGAGACAUCUCUUUCAAACCCCAUGUACUAAUUGUUUAUAGGAAUCUUUUCCUGACAAACAUCUCAAUAAAUUUUGGAUACAGAGGAACAUAGCCAUAUGACAAGUUGAUAUUUCUCUA